ACUAAUAAGUACAUUGUGAAAGCUCGUAAAAAUGGUGCAAAUCGCAGGAAAAUACGUGCAAGAGAAGCAAGAGAACUUUGUGGCUUUUCUUUUGGCAGUUGGCAUACCGGAGGAAUAUGCUAAGCGUGCGGAAACGGCAAAAACCGAAACGACCAUCGCAAUAAACGGUAAAAACAUUGAAAUCUCCACAAAGUCGCCUAACUUCUCAAGAACUGCCACCUACAUUGACGGCGAAGAAGUUGACGACAGCACCGAACGCCACAAGAAUACAAAAAGUGUGGCCGUUUUGAAAGGAGACGUCUUGGAAAUCACAUCAAAAUACGCAGAUGGCAAAACUGGAUUGAGAAAAUACACAUUUACUGAUGCUGGUUACACUCUGGAAUUAUCCGAAACUGAUGCUCCCAACGCUGUUAUUUACAAUAAAAGAGUCUGAUUGAGUACAUAUCGUUUAUUGUACAUGCAAAUAAUAAUAAAACAAUAUAACUAAA